AUGCCGUCAGGGAGCAGCAGUCUGCAGCAAGUGUCGCGCCAGGGAAUCUCACACGGCGCGCAAAGCAAGAAGCUCAAUCCACUGCAGCCUCAAGAUCAACGACGCCGGCAUUCGCGGUUGACAGGCGAUGAGCUGCAGCCGGCAAAACAAAAGGCCCACUCACCGCCUUGGGAUCUGCACGAUGACCGAAUGCUUGGAAGCUCACCUUCUCCGGACUUCACCACUGCUCUCUUGAGUAAAGUUAGUGGUCUUCCGGAUUGGAAUUUUGGGAUGUUUGCCACACGAUCACUUGGCCGUCAGGUCUUUGGUGCGCUCAGAUGGGCUCACAUUCGCAGUGUCUCUACAUUGGAAGGGAACCCUCAUAUAUAUAUAUUUCCUAGUGAAAGCCCAUCGUCACAUAUUCUAUCCCUCCUACCCUCCGAACCAGUCAACCCCAAACUUGCCAUUGGAGUUACAACCAAGCUCCCCCCAACCGCGGAUUCGCUCAGAGAGAACUCAAAGUUUCUCGAUGUCCUCCAAGAAGUUUUUACCAAGCAUGCUCAUGAAGAUCCCGAUGCACAGUCCCAGGCCCAAGUCAUGGUGUCCACUUCAGGUGCCAAUCUAAUGUCAGGCGGCGUGCUACUUGCUGGCAAGCGGGGCGGAAGACGGCGCAAAGAGAUGGGAGACUCUAGUGGUGGAGCCAGUGGUCAAGGUGGUGCUGGGUCUGCUGGCAGAGGUGGCUGGAUACACAUUUCCGAUAGCAGACGACCUCCAGAGUAUGGAAGAAUCGCUUGGCCCGAGGAUAUGUUCGGUAGUCUCGAGGUUGAUGGACAGGGUCAAUUUGUAAAUGGGAAUGGAAACUAUCAGCCUAGUGGCACCUAUCGGACCGUGACCCGAGACGGAAUCCUGGGAUUGAGUCCAUUCCUCAGAGAAAAGCUUGUGCAGAGACUACGAGAGCUGGAGAAGUAA